UACAGUAGAUGUUGAACUCAUAUCUACUUUUUCGACUAAUUUAAAAAAUUGAAUGGAAUAAAAAAAAUUUAGCAGAAUUUUAUUUAUUUACAGGUUAAGAAGGGAAGGAUCGUGCCAAAACCUUUGGGUUUGAGAGGAAAAUAUUGUUUGUCAAUAUAUAUAUAAGAGUUGGUUGGUGAGUUGUAUUGUGCUUUGUGUCAAACUAGUGUAGUAGUGUACCAUUCAACUUUCUCCAGACUUAAAAGUUCAAGUCUUUGGGGGUUAUUUGUCUAAAUAGACUACUUAAUUCUUGAUAAAAGAGUAGUUGAAGGAAUCUAGGUAAUAAUAUGAGGCUUUAUAUUGUUUUAUUAUUGGGUGAGUUGUGGUAGAAAUGAAUUAUGCGGACACUUUGUGAUGUUUGUGAAAGUGCUGCAGCCAUUCUUUUCUGUGCUGCAGAUGAGGCUGCCCUUUGCCGUGCCUGUGAUGAAAAGGUUCAUAUGUGUAACAAGCUUGCUAGUAGGCAUGUGAGGGUUGGAAUUGCUAAGCCCAACGAGGUUCCUCGUUGUGACAUAUGUGAAAAUUCACCUGCAUUCUUUUACUGUGAAGUUGAUGGAAGUUCUCUUUGUCUGCAAUGUGACAUGAUGGUACACGUUGGCGGUAAACGAACACACAGUAGAUAUCUCCUGUUGAGGCAGAAAGUUGAGUUUCCAGGAGACAAGUCGGGGCCUACAGAGGAAUUAGCCAGGAAGACAUUAGAUACCGGUGAAAAUAAGAAGGAUCAUAGUCACUCACCAAACCCAAUGAUUAAAGACAAUCAACAAAAUCACAGGGUGUCUCCUAUUUUGAUUUCAGAUGGGAGUGCAGAUGGGCAUGGCAAGAAGGACAAAAUGAUCGACUUGAAUGUAAAGCCAAGUCGUUUUCAUGGUCAGGCAUCUAAUCAGGAUUAACUCAUCUUCAGAGAUUGUUCUAGCCAGAAGAUAUUCUAUGAGAGAAUGUUUGUGAGGAGACAAAUAGACCUCAUGUGGCAUGAAUGUUCCACCAUUGCGCGUAUGAAGGAAGCUCAAUAGCCCAGAUUAGCAAUCGAACAACAUUUGGCAAUUAGUGUUAGAUAAGUCGCAAGUUCUGAAUGCUUUGAGUUUUUGCCAGUCUCAAGAUCAUUUUUUUUCCUUUAGGAUUUAGUUUUUUUCAUUAAGACAAACAUUUAAGAAAUUGCCUGCUGAAAGUAGCUGAUGUAACUGAAGUUUAUGAUGAUUUUAGUAGAAGUUAUUGUAUCUUGAAAUUUAAGGUCAUUUUUAGGUGUAUAGAUUAUUUUCAUGGUUUCUUGCACUUGUAUUAUUGUUCUUUCUCUAUUCAAAAAUUGAUCAAGAUCAA